GGCUGCCAUCACUCAGGCCUCACCCUGCAGAACCACACCCUGGCCUUGGCCAAUCUGCUCACAGAAGAAGGGAGGGCAGAGCCAGGGCUGGGCAUAAAAGAAAGAGCAGGGCCAACUGCUGAUUACACUUGCUUCUGACACAACCGUGUUCUCUAGCAACCACAAAACCAGACACCAUGGUGGAGCUGACUGCUGAGGAGAAGGCAGCCGUCCUUGCCCUGUGGGACAAGGUGAAGGAGGAUGAAGUUGGUGGUGAAGCCCUGGGCAGGCUGCUGGUUGUCUAUCCAUGGACUCAGAGGUUCUUUGACUCCUUUGGAGAUCUGUCCACACCUGCUGCUGUUAUGGGCAACGCCAAGGUGAAGUCCCAUGGCAAGAAGGUGCUGCACUCCUUUGGUGACGGUGUGCAUCAUCUUGACAACCUCAAGGGCACCUUUGCUGCCCUGAGUGAGCUGCACUGUGACAAGCUGCACGUGGAUCCUGAGAAUUUCAGGCUCCUGGGCAACGUGCUUGUUGUUGUGCUGGCUCAACACUUUGGCAAGGAAUUCACCCCACAACUGCAGGCUGCCUACCAGAAGGUGGUGGCUGGUGUGGCCAACGCCCUGGCCCACAAAUACCACUGAACUCCCUUUCCUGCUUUUCAAGAAAGGUCGUUGUCCCUAGAGCCCAACACCUGAACAUGGGGAUAUUAUGAAAGGAUGUGAGCAUCUGGCUUCUGCCUAAUAAAGAACAUUUAUUCUCAUUGCA